AUGUCUGACACAGAGACUAAUAGCUCCACCACAGAGGUAGAACAUUUAGAUCAACCGCCAUCAGUCACCACAAUCAUUGAGUAUUUCGAAUCUGCUUUAAUUGAAUUGGAAUCAACAAAAGAUUAUAUUUCAUAUGCUACUUUAUUAGAUUUUUACUUGUCUGAUCCUUCAAUUUAUAAUGAUGAUGAUAAAAUUUUAAUCUUGAAGAAAUUAUAUGAUAUUUUUUCAAAUGAUAUCAUCUUAUUACAAGAAAUUGGUUGGGAUUUACCUGAAUUAUUCCUAAAUUUUUAUAAUUCAAAUGAAUUUGAUUACCAGGGUUCACUAUUAGAUGAUACUGAAUUAAUUAAAAUUAUAAUGAAAAAUUUUGAAUUAUUGGCAAAAUUUGGUAAUCCAAAGGAAAUUUUCCUUAAAACUACUGAAUUGAUUUCCAGCUUUGCCUUAAAUGAUGAUCCAACAGCUGAUGAGAAAACUUCAAGAAUUCUUGAUGUUAAACUACAUACUUUAGUUGAAUUAAUGUCAACUUCUCUCAAAAGAAUUAAUACUAUUUAUCCUUCAAGAUUCCUUUCAAUGGCUAUAACUUCAUUAUUAAAUAUGGCAAUAACUUAUUUUGAUAAAUUUCUGAACUAUAGAUUUGUUAUUAGAAGAUUAUAUUCAUUUGCAAGAGAUUAUAUUCCACCAUUAAAACCAACAAAUUUCAUGGAAUUACAUAAAAUUAAUGAGCAAGAAGCUUUUAAAAUUGAAUCUGAUGAAAAUUAUUUACAAAGACAAUUAUUAAAAAGUUAUUUAACUCAAAUUUCUGAAUUAUCUUUUAAAAAUGUUGCUUUAGAUUUAUCAUGUGAAUUAUUUAAAUCUUUACAAUUGAAAAAUUCUGGUAUAUUACCACCAACAAAUGAAACUGAUGAAGAAUUAUUUACAAGUUCAAGAGGUUUAUUUUCAAGAGUUACACAAUUAGCAUUAAGUUUUGAUAUUGAUUUAGAAUUAGAAUUUGACCAGUUGAAAAAAUCAUCAAUUGAAAUGUUUUCCAAAAUUGAUUCAAAAUUAUCAAAUGAUGAUAAAAUUCAAGAAUUAUUAAAAAUUUCACUUAAUGAUAAAAUUUCAUACUUGUUUAACCCCAAAAUGGAAAAAAUUCCAAUGAAUCAAGGUGGGUUAUUACUCUUCAUAACUCAAUAUACUAAGGAAAUUUCAAAAUUAUUACCAAUUAAAAUUUAUGAAUCAAUACCAAUUACAAUUAGAUUAAUUUCUCCAGGUUUAAUAUCAUCAAAUUUUCAAAGAUUAGGUAAUUUAGAUUCAAUAAUUUUUUGGAAUUGGGUUUCAAUUGUAAAAUCAACACCUGAAGAUUUCAUAAAAAUUCCAAAUUAUCAAUUAAUUUUAUUUUUACAAAUUUUAAUUUAUUUUGCUUCAACUUUAGAUUCAAAACCUACAUUAAGAAUUGUUAUUUUCACAUUAUUAACAAGAGUAUUAACUAUGAUUGAUGAAUGUAUAAGAUAUGAUUUUUUAAUUGAUACUUUAACAAUGUCACCUUAUCCAAAUUCUAAGAUUGCAAUGAUUCCAAUUUUAAAAGAUUUGAUUUUGAGGGUUAAACCUUUAGACUUGGAAAACAAGGUUCAAAAAGAUGAAUUGGAUUCAUUAUCAUCAGAUCUAAGUAAAACAAAUUUAAAUGAAGGGAAACAACCUCCUCCAUUGCCAAAAAGACAAUUACAUUAUAUUGAAUUGAACCAAUCAAGAAUUGAUGAUAUUUAUACAUUAAUUAGAGAAUCAAUUGAUGAAAAUUUUAUUUCAUCAGAAUCUUCUAAAACUAUUGAAUUAAAUGAAUCAAAUUUUAAAAUUUUAUUAAGUUAUUUAAAUUUAUUAAUUGGUAUUAAUUCAAAAUUCCCAAAAGAUAAGAUUAAAGAAAUUAUUGAGAUUGUCGAAAAGAAAUUAAGUUUAUUAGAUGAUGAUUUAAAAAUUCAAGAUCCAAGUGUUAAUAUUGAUUUUUUAAAAUUAGCUAUUGAUUCAUUAAAGAAAUAG